AUGCAUCAUAAGAAGGAAAUCUUGGAUUUUCUAGUUUUCAUUUUCCGAAUAUGCAGUACGACAGACACUACAAGCCCAAAUCAGUCUCUAAAAGAUGGAGAUAUAUUGGUCCCUAGUGGAGAAACCUUUGCUUUUGGUUUAUUCAGCCCUGGAAAAUCCAGAAAUCGAUAUGUCAGAUUUGGUACAAUAAAGUUGCAGAACCAGCAGUUAUGGGUUACAAAUAGACACCAUCCCAUCAAUGGAACCUUUGAAGAUCUUGUAAUCGAUACUGCUGGGAAUCUUCUUAUGGAGACAGGAAAUUUUGUGUUGUUUCAAGAUCAAAGCAAAAGUGUCAUUGCGUGGCAAAGCUUUGAUUAUCCUACCAAUACUAUAUUACCUAACAUGAAAGCAGGGUGGCACAGAAGGACUGGAUUGAACACGGUUGUCACAUCCUGGAAAUCUCGUGAUGAUCUGGGGACGGGUGAAUAUGAGUACAAACUGAAGCUUAAUGGAACUCCUAAUUACAUUGAAAACGAUGAUGAAGUAACCAUAACAUAUGUCGUAAAAGAUCCAUCGAUUUUCUCAAUAUUGGUACUAAAUGAAAUGGGGACUCUGGAACGGCUUACUUGGCAAGGACCUGAGCGUGGAUGGGCAAGAUUUUGGAUACGAGCCCCAGCUAGAACGUUAAUGGUACCUAAGGGAAGAGUCACAUGGAUUGGAGGAGGAAAUGUUUGCAUCAGUUGGCACGAAAACUUGGUAGAUAUCAGGCAGUUUUCAAACAAUAGCCAGGAUUUGUACAUAAGAGUCCCUGUGGGCGAGUUAGGUAUUCAGAUAUUCAUUGGUGAGGCUUUUGGGAUGUUGCAUUCAACAACAUGA